AUGGACACGACCAGCAAUGCGCCAGCGCCGAGCGGAGGCCCCCCCGGUGGCGCGUGGCUGCGCGCCCACCACGACCCGUACGCGUCCCUGUACGCCCUUCCCGGUGGCCUGUGCACGGCCGACGUGCUGGCCGACGGCGACCAGAGACUGCUGGUGGCCGACUUGCGCAACGGAGGACGGCUGCGUCUCUUCCGCGGGGGACGGCAGCAGCAGCAGGCCGAACAGGCGCUGGCCGCCUUGCCGUGCGGCCUGGCCGCCUUCCGAACGGAGUCCGCCCCUGCGGGCCAGCCUCCUUCCGUGGCGGUGGCGGCGGGCUCCUGCCUCUACGUGUACCGCAACCUGAGGCCCUUCUACAAGUUCAGCCUGCCUCACACGGCUCCCGACGAGCAGGAGAACGAGGCCUGGUCCAAGCAGCAGGAUCCGGACGUCCUGAGGGAGGCCCUCGAGGCUCUGCGGUCCCAAGGCGGGAUGGGCAGACUGACGGCACGAUCUCAGAGGUUUCUACUGCUGGAGCCUGAAGAGGCGACGGCGUUCAUCGAGGCAAACUGGGAAUUUCCGCUCAAGAGACAGACGCAGGUGACCGCUCUGGGCGUUCUGAAGAAAAGCCUGGCGGACGAAGACGCCGCAACCUGCCUCUUGCUCGCCACCGAGGACGGACGCCUGUUCGUGCUCGAACCGGACGCCUUCACGUUGCUCGCAGCCGUGCAGGUUCCGGGCGCCGUGUGCUGCCUGGACGCGCAGGGCGCCUUCGACGUGGACUUCCACGUGGCCCUGGCCACUCGGGACGACCGGCUGCACGUGGUCAAGCGGGGCCACAAGGCGUCACGCGUGCUCGCCGAGCCGGGGGCGCCUGCCGUCGGGCUGUGCCACCUGGAGCCCGGCCACGGUAAUGCGACAGCGCAUGUGCAGGGCCAGUGCGUGUGGAGCGUGUCGCUGGGAGCCCAGCCGUUGGCGGUGGCCGCGGUCUGUCGCCCGGGCGUGUGCCAGGCCGCGGCCGUGGCACUCGCCGAUCGCCGGGUGGUGCUGCACAGCGCCGCCGACGGCACACCGACGCACGUGCUGAACACGAGGGACGCCGUGUCCGCCAUCCACUUCGGCCGCCUUGGCCGGGAGGACAACGCCCUGGUGAUGGUCGGCACCGGAGGCAGCCUGACGGUGCUGAUCCUGCGCCGCAACGCCCAGCUGCUGCAGUCGCCUUCGUCCCGCGAGACUCCCGGAGGUAGCGCGGUGGGCGGUCCCCGCUGGAGCCUGCCCAAGAAGACUAAGCUGUUCGUAGACCAGACCAUGCGCGAGAGGGAGCACUCGGUCGCCAUGCACCGCGGCUUCCUGCGCGACCUGCAGCGGCUGCGGCUGACGGCGGCGCGCCACUACCACCGCGCCGUGCUGGGAGCCGCGGCACCGGCACGGGCCUCCACCGACGACGCGGGCCCCGUGCUCGUGGAAGUGACGGCGCAGGUGCAGGGCCUGGGACCCCGGCUGGCCGUGCACGUGCGCCUGCAGUCGUCGCGCCCUCUGAACAGGCUCACCAUGGUGGUGCACGGGGACGACCAGUACCGACUGCAGAAACCCGCCACGCAGGUGGCCUACCUGGUGCCGGGCCUCGCUUACCGCUACACCGCGAUGGUAACGGCGGAAUCUGGUGCGCCCGGAGUACUGAAGGUGGUCGUGGCCAAGCAGACGAAGGUCUUGGCGAUCGCCCUGGUGCAGAUGCCCGCACUGGACAUGCCUUAA